AUGCCUUCCACCAUAGAAACCCCUGAAAUACCGAAGGAAAACAACUCUGCAGGUAUUCCAGACCUACGGAAUCGUCUGCCAAAACUCCAGCCUCGUCGCCGACAAGCUCCUCCUUCAAACCCGCUCCCAGUGCCCGAGACUCCAAAUCUACCUUCCCCCCCACAACUCUCGUCAUUGAGCUUCCAGAAGCCCACGAGACGCAUUUUAUCGCGGGCCGAUCAUGAUCUCUUCCUUGCAUCUCCAACAUACAAGCUACUCUUGGCAUUUGUCUUCGGCCUCGCAGACUCCGUCGUUGACACACCUGUUUCCGCCCUCAAAGAUAAUGACCUAAGCCCGGCAGUUAAAACAAUCCUCAAAAUCCUUGACAACGUCCAAGAUGUAAUCAACAGAAGUCCACCAGAAGAACAGGGAGACUCCCGCUUUGGCAAUAAAGGUUUCCGGGACUUUGUUGACCUGGCGGCCGAAGAGCACUUCGGAUGGCACAAAGAACUUGGUAUCGAGUCGGAGGAGGCAAUAUCGGAGGUUUCAACAUACUUUUUGCAAGCAUUUGGAAACCGCACCAGAAUAGACUAUGGUUCUGGCCAUGAAUUAAAUUUCAUACUCUGGCUGCUAUGCCUAUACCAACUUGGCAUAAUCACACCCGCCGAUUUUCGACCCCUCGUCCUCAAAGUCUUUACUCGAUACCUUACGCUUAUGAGAGUCAUACAGUCAACAUAUUACUUGGAGCCAGCUGGCUCGCAUGGUGUUUGGGGGCUAGAUGACUACCAGUUCCUCCCCUUCUUGUUCGGCGCAUCGCAACUAUUGCACCACCCUUACAUUCGCCCUCUCUCAAUCCACCAAAAUCUCAUACUCGAACAAUAUGGAAAGGACUACCUGUACCUAGGACAGGUCAAUUUUGUGAACAGCGUCAAGAAUGUCGAGGGUCUGCGAUGGCACAGCCCGAUGCUAGACGACAUAUCAUCCGCGAAGUCCUGGGAGAAAGUCGAGGCAGGAAUGAGACGGAUGUUCGUUGCUGAAGUGCUCAAGAAGUUGCCAGUUAUGCAGCAUUUCUUAUUUGGCUCCCUUGUUCCUGCUGUAGAUAGCAUGAAUAAGGAAGAGGAGCUUGGCGUCCCAAGUGAAGAUCUGGAUCCUGAGGGAGGCGAGGUGGUUAUUAUGCAGGAUGGGAUGAGGCACGUUCACCAGAUGAAUAGCUGGGGUGACUGCUGUGGUAUCAAAGUACCGAGCAGCGUUGCUGCUGCGCAGGAGAUGAAAAAGAGGAUGGGUGGUGGAGGUAAUGGUUUGAGGAGAAUACCAUUCGAUUAG